CCCCCAGGUCGUGGGUGUGUAUAAGUGUAGAGCGCAGGCUGCAGCUUCGGUUUCAGUGCGGUGAGUCUCCAGCGCAGAAAUGGAUGUGGAGCAGAUGGGUCCCCAAACCUUCCUCUACGGCUGUGAGCUGAAAGAGGGGAAAGAAGUCACUUUUAACCCUGAAGAUGAUGACUUUGAGCAUCAGUUGUCCAUCAGGAUGGUUUGUGUCGACCCGGCGACGAAAGAUGAGCUGAACAUCGUGGAGGUUGAGGGACAGGAUUCGGAGGGCCAGAAGGUUAAAGCAGUGCUGGCCACACUUAAGCCGUCCACCCUGCCCAGUGUCUGUUUGGGUGGGUUUGAGAUCGCCCCGCCUGUUGUUUUCCGGCUGCGGUCUGGCGCCGGUCCAAUCCACAUCAGCGGGCAGCACCUCGUCAUCACAGGAGCAGAUGAGUCUUUUGAUGAAGAGGAGGAGGAGGAGGAAGAAGAUCUGAGGGCUGCCAUGAAGAGGGCGGCUCCAGCGAGCAUGAAGUCUUCAAAAAAGAUGAAGAUGGAUGAGGAUGAUGAGGAUGACGAUGAGGAUGAUGAGGAUGAUGAUGAGGAGGAGGAGGAGGAGGAAGAGCUCGAAGUGACACCUGUGAAGGCCAAGAAGCCUGCAGCUAAUCCCCAGAAUCCAGCUCAGAACGGCAAAGGGCCCAAACCCAACACGCCGGCUGCCAAACAGAACAAGACUCCAGAUUCUGGCAAGAAGACCAAGACCCCACAGACGCCCAAAAGCCCGAAGUCCCCCAGAACCCCACAGGCACCUCUCACCAUCCCAGAGAUUAAGGCCAGAAUGAUGGCCAGCGUUGAGAAGGGAGUGUCGCUACCUAAACUUCAACCCAAGUUUGAGAACUACGUGAAGAAUGGCUUCAAAGUAACCGAUCCAAAGGUGGUCGAAGAGCUGUGGAAGUGGAGACAGGCUGUGAAGGAGAAGAACUGAACCGUUUUAUUCUGUUAAAUUAUAUUCCCGCCUUUUUUCUCAUUUAUUUUACGUCCCUUUCAUGAAAUCCGUGCCGUUCCUUUAAAAGUGACUUUACUCAGACUGAACUCUGAAAUCCAUUCACUGCAGUCGUUUCCACUUUAUUAUUCCUGCUAACGUUCAAGACCCGUAGCGGGAUGGUCACCGAGGGAGUGACGACGUUUGGGAGCAGAUGCUCCUUUCCCUUUUUUAUUUUUUAUUUUUUUGAUUAAUUUCCGAAACUUGCCAGUUUCCAGUGCUUUUGAGGCUGUAUGUUUUGUUUGGUUUCUUUUUUCCCUGCUCAUCCAUGUGUGCACAUGUUCUUAUAGUGCAGUUAAAUUGUCUCUGAACAUUUCAGGGUUGUAUGUUUUAAAAGCAUGACAGUCCAAACUCGGCAGCGUUAGUGAAUAUGCAGUAAUAUAACCAGAGAAUUAAGUAUGUUUGGUUCGUUGUUGGGCCUGUCGGGGGUACGGUUGUCCACGAAUGCAUACAACUUGUCCUGUACUUUUUGAAAUGAAGUUCAUUUUACUGCACAAGAAUAAAUGUUUUUGUGGAAAAAUA